AUGACAGAUGGUAUUGAUUAUAUUGAUGUUUGCAAGACGGAUGUGCUUGGUCUUGACACCCUUCAUCAUACCUCGGUAAUACCUUCACCCAUACCCACAAUCACUUUUGACUGUUUACCAUAUACUAUAUUAUCAAACAUUUGUACAUAUUUGCACCAGGAAGAACUAAUUAAUUUCAGUUUAAUAUCGAAAACGUCUUAUUUACCUGCUAUUGGCACAUUAUACCUGAAAAUUAUUGUUACUGACAACAUAGAUUUGACAUGUUCAGUCAAAAAAGCUAUUAAGAAAUAUCCAAGAUUUUGUGGAACAAUUAUUUCCAUAUCGAACUUUGGAAAAUUAUUGAAUUGCUUGUACCACAAUCAACAUUUGGCUGGUCUUUUAAGAUCAUUGUCUUUAGAUUUAAACCAAGAGUCAGUUAAUCUAAUUCUGUUAUUAGGUAUUGUUAGAGGACUCAAAUUACAAAGCUUGGUUGCACCAGAUAUCCCAUUUUCAUAUUUUUCAAUGCGAGGUCGAUUGAAUCUUGACACUAUAAAAAUAUUGGCUGUUUCGGCCAAAGAUGUGGGUUUAACACCACUACAAUUCACUGAAUUAGAAAGUUUAAAAAUCUUCUACAACGAGACUAGUAGAGAUAAAAGGAAUAUACGGCAGUUGUGCAAGGUGCUAAAUGAAGGCAAUUCAUUAAGCAAACUUCGUCAUUUGGAAUUUAGUGAAAGUCUUCAGAUAAAAGCACCGACUUUCCUUAAUAUCACUAACGACGAUUUGGAUUUGGAUAGCAUUCCUGCUUGGGCUCAUUUUUUUGACUACUUUUCUAAUGGAAAAAUAACUAGAAAAUUAGAUUUGGAUUCGUUGGCUAUUGAGGGAUGGGUUGGCAAAAAAGCCAAAGAGUGUAUGAUUCGAAUACUAAGUGCAGUUGAUUUAUCAAAAUUGAAUCACCUACAAUUACAUGUGAAUGAAAAAUAUCCAAAGAAUGAACAACACACUAGCCAGAGGAGAUUACUUGAUUUAAUUACAGAACGCACACCUGCUUUGCAAAGUUUGGCUAUUAAGCCAACAUCAGAUGAUUUGUUUAUCCAGCAUUAUACCAUCAUAAAGACUUUGAAGCAAAAUUUAGUCCAUCAACUUAAGCAUCUUCUGUUGGUAUUUGAAAGUCCAAUGGCGGAGCAAUCAUUAGAAGUAUGCAGCACAAUUUGUGAUUGUCAGCAUAACUUGGAAAGUUUACUAAUCCUUGACAGGUCUACUGCAGUCGUUGAUAGUGAAUUGCUCCACUGCUGUCUCAGUUUUGAUGACUAUUUGUUAAGCCUCUAUGAUUAUGGCUUGAUAUAUGAAAAGAAGAUCGUCGACUUACUAUUUAGUGAUGUUUUAUUAACAGAUUUUUUGAAGUUGGAUGAACGGUUUAUCAUUAAUGAUUACAUGCUUGAGCUCGCUCGAAAUGCCACAGAUAAAGGGUUGAAUGAUUUUCUAUGGAAUUUAUUGAAUUAUACAUUUAGCUCAGUUACUUCCAAUAAUUUCAAAUUGAUUGUAUCUUUACCUGCGUUGAAGCUUUUAAAUGUUUUGGGAAUUAGUCUUGUCAUUCGACAUGAUAAUGGUUAUUUGAAUGAUAGAGUACAGGGAUUGUAUUACAAUACGAAUGGAAGAUAUUCUAUAUCGUGUGGGUCUACAUACUAA